AUGGCUGGAGCAGCACAGAGGAGGAAAAUCUCCAUGCGGACCCAAGGUCCUUCAACGCUUUGGCACCAGCCGUCCAGCCUGCGCAUGCGCGAUAUCCGCUUCGACGUGUUCUUCCACCUCCCCGGCCGCCCCGAGCUGGAGCGCGUGUCCGUCCACCGCUCCCAGUCGCUCGUGUGCAUGCAGGCAGCUCUCCAGCGUCAAUUCGGAAUUCCAUUCGAGCAGCAGCGGCUGCUCUUCCACGGCGAACAACUCGAGGGCGACGACGAGUUGGGCGACUACGGACUGCAGGACAAGAGCGUGGUCGUCAUGCGAGUCUCCCCACGCUAUCGCAGCAUCGGCGACGUCUUCUCCACUAUCCGAACCAUCCGCUUUCCGAGCCCCACGUCCCGCUUGGAGGAUUUCCAGAUCGUCGAGGUGCCUGCAGGGUUGCCCCCUCUACGCGUGGUGUUCCAGCGCAUCGUACAUGCCAUCACGUACCUCACGACACUCGAUCGGAUGCAGGCAAGACGAACGCACCGCCGCGUAUGGCGCCAACAUGUGACGUUCUGGGACGAACCGACCCCGGCACCUUCAGCGCCACCGCGAACUCGUCUGAGCUACAGCUACAGAUCUCGACCUCGGCAGUCGCUCAUGCAGGAGCAGGUCGUGCUGGCGUCCGAUGAUAAGAGACCCCCAGCGUCUUACGUGCUGCAGACGAGCAGCACGGAGCACGUCGCGUCCAUCUUGGCUCUCGCAAGCGCACACGGCGUCCAGCAACGACUGCAGCGGUCGCCACCGAAUCGAUCGUCCGCAGACGUCCGACAUCUCAAGAAGUGGCUGGCAAGCCUCAAGUACUUCGCCGACGCGCGGCUGCCAGACUCCAUCUUCCAGGAGCUCGCGCGCACCAGUACGUACUUGCGCGUGAGCUCCGGGGAGUUUGUCUUCCGCCAAGGAGAAGCAGGCGAUAGUUUCUACGUGCUGAUCACUGGGUGUGUGUCCUUGGCGGCCUAUAGCACCGGGUUCUUCCGUACGCUCACUCCAGGCUCGUGCUUUGGUGAGAUCAGUCUGAUCGAACCGCAAGGUCUGCGCACUGCCAGCGCCUGUGUCACGUUCGCUACUACAUCAGCCGAGCUGGCUGUGGUGCCUGGAGAUCUCUAUCGCCGAGCCAUCAAGCCGUACAAGCAGGUCGUCCUGCGCGCGACUGAGACAGCUAUUGCAUCGAUUCCUCGGAUGCACGCGCUGCCCCCGUACAUCGUCACGCACCUCGCGUACGCUGCUCGGUCCCUCACAGCACGCGCGGGCAGGCACAUUAUCUGUCGAGGGGAGGAAAUCAGCGUCCUCGUGCUGCUGGUUCACGGCAGCGUCAAAACACGAUCGCGUCCUUCCUCUCGCCUCGACAGGAGGUCGUACGAGCGCUCAUGGGGGAGCACCACCAACGAGUCCGAGACUUCACCUUCCGCUUCAAUUCGGGCGGUGGCGACAGCAGCAGAGACGUAG